AUGACAACAAGUGACAUUCACAACCAGUUAACAGCCAUUACUAAGAGAUUUAUGCCCAGCAAAAAUGACAUGAGAGUGCUGACAAUGUCACAAAAUCAACAUGAAUCAGCAAGGGACUUUGUACCGAGGAUAGAAAUGGCCGGAUGCAAAGAUCUACCUGAAACCUUCCUUGUGGGUAUUGCUAUAAAGGAAUUUAACUCAGCCAUGCGUGUUUGGGUUGAGAACAAAGAACCCAAGACACUGGAAGAAGUAAGGCAUGCAGCAGAUGAUGCAGAAAAGGCAAACCGGAGCACAGCAGUCCAAGCCCUGAGGCCUGAGGAUACUGAGAUUGCCAAGCUCUCCGAAGCAAUCAAGCAAUUAAUCUGUCUGCAGACAACCCGCCACAGUUCCCAGGACACAGCUAAUCCUCAGCAGCCGCUUCAAAAGAAAAACAGACGACGGCAGCAUGAAGGAUGGAGGCAACAACAACUAUGGCAGCAACAGCAACAGUGGCAGCAGUUUAACCACAACUGCAGAUGCAACAAUACCAGCGGCACCAGCACCAGCAACAGCAGCAGCUACAGAAAUUGGUUCCCAAACCAAAAUGUAAACGUUGUGGUGGGUGGUGUCCAAAUACUUUUGUCUGUAAAUAUAGAAAAACUACAUGCAUUGUUUGUGGAAUACCAGGCCACACUGAAGUAGUUUGCUGG